AUGGAAACCACUCUUCGGGUAACUACAAUAAGGAAAAUAGUUAGUACUGAAACAAGUAAAAUGACCACCCCGAUCUGGAAAGUAACCCCUACAGCUAGAGCUACGACCCCAAGAGCAAUAACUAAAGUAGAGACAGUAAAGACCACAGAAAGGACAAGAAUUCAGACGCCAAUCUGGAGAGUAACCCCGACCACGAGCAAGCCGACACAAAAGACGAUAGUCCCGAAUCCAAAAAUAAUCUCAAGCACACAACCAAGUACCACAAAGAGAAUAAUUACUCCGGCAAGAGGCACCCCGGUAAGAAUAACCACCCCGAAAAUGACUACAACGAGCCCCACUCCCAGAAUGACAAGCACCACGAAGAUAAAUUUCGUAAAAUCAACAGUUAGACCCCCAUUUAAGCAGAAAGCCCUUCCAACAACUAAGAGACCACAGAUGAGGGACGAUGUUAAAAUUCCUAAAGUAACAAAUCCGGCAAGCAGAAAUGCUAAUAUAAUUGAGACGACGGAAAGGACGACGACCACGUUAGUGAUGAAAAGAGAUGUUUCAGAUAAGCCUUGGCUCGACCCAAAAGAUGAAAAUCAUGCAAAUUCGAGAUUAAAUUAUUUGGAUUGGAAGACCGAACAGAGACGAGUACUCGAAGCAAGGGAAAAGUGGAUCACAGAUUGCCAUAACCGAAACAGUCAAUUAUCUAUCGCAAGGGCUCUAGCGAGAGAAAUGCCGGAGCAGGCGGCGCGUUCGUUGUAUAAUAGGGAUGACAUAACGGCAACAUUAUUAAGUACGGAGGAUGGAAAAAUCAGAUGGCAGCUAAAUAAAUGUAGGCAGGUAAAAGCCGAUUCUAUUGAUUGGACUCAAAUGGUAGGGAAAGAUUGUUACAAAGAGACUCCAGUUACAUGAAGGGACACAAAUAGAUUGUUUAAAGAAA